AAAAAAAAAACACCGCACAAAUGUCAUUAUACUUCAUGGUAAAGUCUCUCACGUGAAAUGUGCUUUUGUAUGCUUUGAUGGUGAUCAAACAGGUUGCAUUACAAGAGGUUGCGAGUAAGGUUCUUUCCGAGCCAAUCAGACCCCAGUUUGCCAUUGCAAAUGUUAUUGAGAGUGGUGUUGACUUGAGUGAAACACUCUAUUUAUUAGCUGCAGAACUUGGCUCAAAAACUCCGAUUAUAGUGUCCUGCGCCAAUGGAAUCAUAGGAAGAGAUGCUGUUACUGGUGAACAUAGAGAGGUUAUGUUGGAAGAUUUUUGGGCGGAUGCUGCAUCAAAAAAUUCAGGCUUUGGUAUGCUGUUGACAGUGGGGUAUUUACCAGGACUCAAAGUUGAAGCCCUUCCACUGUUAAGACCAAGAGAGGCUGGUCCAGUGGCAAUGAUUGAUAACUUUGUGGUGGAUAUCAAGAAUUAUUCAGCUUCUGUUUCUGGUUCCACAUCACCAGCUCUGAUCAUAAUGUUUGGAGGUGAAGAGGUUAACCUAAAACCUGUCAUGGAAAAGUUGGAUCAUGCCAUGUCAAGGGAAGCUAUCAUUGCCGGCAAUAUGAGAUCCCAAUUCCUGUACAGAAAGGGCAUAGAGUCAAGAAAUAUAUAUGGGAGUAGUACAAAAUAUUUUACUGAUGCAGUUGCUCUUGUAUUUGCAAGGGAUGAAGACAAACCUUCUGGUGAAGGGAAAAUUCAAUUCCAUUCUGCAAUAUCAAGUGGUGUUUCUGCAAUAGGACCAAGGUACAAGGCAGUUUCCGUUAAAGAAACUCAGUCUGAGACAGGUCUUACUACAUGGCUUACUGCCAGAAGAGAAGGAGAACAAGAGAUUCUUGGUGGUCAAAUGAUUAUAGAUAGCAUCGACAGUGAGUUGGUCAACAAAACUGAACUGUUCAUUGGGGUUUCAAAACAAAGACAAUGCGUUGUUGGGUCAGAGAAUCCAAAACUGUUGAGAUCCCUGGCUUUACAUCAAGUUAAGGGAGGAGAUGGAAAGCACCUUUUUGUUAGUGGAGAUGGCAUCGGUUCUGGAGACUAUUUUCAUUUCUACCAUUCAGAUCCAAAGGUCGCAUUAUCUUCAUGUAGUAAUGUCUCCAAGAAUUUCAGAAACUUGAAACUGGAUUGGAGAAGCUGCCAGCUUCAUGCAGGUGGUGUUGGUAGUAAGGAAGUAGUUGGAGGUUUGGUUUUCUCUUGUUGGGGUCGUGGUGAAUCAUUCUUUGGACACAGCAAUGUGGAUAGCUCACCAUUCUUGGAUAACCUUCCAGGAAUCCCAAUGGCAGGAAUAUUUGGCUGUGGCGAAGUCGGACGUGGCUUUACAAUGUUUAACGCAGAUGAUCAUGAAGACCAAGAAGAAAAGACUUCUUGUUCCUGUCUACAUGUAUAUAGCACUGUAUAUGUGUUGGUGUCUUAUACUCCAGCUUUCGUGUUGCUGUCUACAUGUAUAUGUGUUGGUGUCUUAUACUCCAGCACCUCUAAAGCUUUAGAUUUUGUCCAUCUUCUUCUUGAUGGAUUACCAAGAAGUGCUGAUGACUCUCUCUACUAUUGA